AUGACCGCCAACACCACGGCCACCAUCUUUGUUCUCUUGGGUCUCCCGAACGUCCCUUAUCUCCGAGUUCUUUCCUUUGUCGCCUUCCUAAGUAUUUACCUCGUCACGCUGGUGGGGAAUGUGGUAAUUCUCUCGGCCGUCAUCUCCGACGGACGCCUUCACACCCCCAUGUACUACUUCCUAGCCAACUUGUCCUUCUUAGAGAUGUGUUACACGUCCAUAACCGUCCCCAAGAUCCUCACAAACAUCACGAGGGGCAUUAACACCAUCUCCUUUCUGGGCUGCAUCUGCCAGAUGUAUCUUUUCACGCUCUGCGCCACCUGCGAGUGCAUUCUGCUGGCCAUCAUGGCGUACGACCGGUACGUGGCCAUUUGCAUCCCACUGAGAUACAGAAUUAUCAUGAGACAAUCCGUGUGCCUCCAGCUGUCGGCCACGGCGUGGACCAGCGGCGUCAUUAACUCUGUCAUUCAAAGUCUCCCCACCUCGCUUCUGCAGUUCUGCGACUUCAACCAGAUCGACCGCCUAUACUGCGAGGUGCAGCCAUUGCUCCAGCUCUCCUGCAGCGACACUCGUACUAAUAAGGUCCUCACCACUGUCUCGGCCUCGGUUUUUGGUAUCGGGUUUAUGACCUUCAUCCUGGUCUCCUAUGUAUUUAUAAUCACGGCCAUCCUGCGGAUCCCGUCCCUGGCGGGGAGGAUGAAGGCUUUCUCCACCUGUAGCUCCCACAUCACGGUGGUGACUCUGUACUAUGGCGCUCUCGUCUUCAUGUAUCUGAGACCCACAUCCAGCAACUCUCAAAGCAUGGACAGCGUGGUGUCGGCCAUUUACUGUAUGGCCAUCCCGGUGCUGAACCCCAUCAUUUACAGCCUCAGGAACAAAGACGUCAAACGCUCGAUAAAGAGCCUUGUUACGUUCAGAAUGUCCUCCGAGGCAUGA